CUGUCUGACAGUUGCUACGAAGAGGACGAUGGCGCAGCAGGAAAACCAGCUCGACCCAGUUAAAUUCUCUUGUUCCAUCUGUUUGGAUCUUUUAAAGGAUCCGGUGACUAUUCCCUGUGGACACAGUUACUGUCUGAAGUGUAUUAAGGACUUCUGGGAUGAAGGAGAGAAGAAACUCCCCAGCUGUCCUCAGUGUCGACGCACAUUUAUUCCGAAGCCUGAGCUGCUGAAAAACACCAUGUUAGCUGAUUUAAUGGAGGAACUGAAGAAGACUGGACUCCAAGCUGCUCCUGCUGAUCACUGCUAUGCUGGACCUGAAGAUGUGGCCUGUGAUGUCUGCUCUGGAAGGAAACUGAAAGCUGUCAAGUCCUGUUUGGUCUGUCUGGCCUCUUACUGCCAGAAACACCUCCAACCUCACCGUGAUUCAUCUACAUUCAAGAAACACCAGCUGGUGGAUCCCUGUAAGAACCUGCAGGACAACAUCUGCCCCCGUCAUGGUGAGGUGAUGAAGAUGUUCUGUCGUACUGAUCAGAAGUGUAUCUGCUAUCUCUGCUCUGUUGAUGAACAUAAAGGCCACAACACAGUCUCAGUUGCAGCAGAAAGGACUGAGAGGCAGAGAGAGAUGGAGGUGAGACGGCAACAGAUCCAGCAGCAGAUCCAGGACAGAGAGAAAGAUGUGAAGCUGCUUCAGCAGGAGGUGGAGGCCAUCGAUCAGUCUGCUGAUAAAACAGUGGAGGACAGUGAGGAGAUGUUCACUGAGCUGAUCUCUCUCCUCCAGAAAAGAAGCUCUGAGGUGAAGCAGCAGAUCAGAUCCCAGCAGGAAACUGAAGUGAGGAGAGUCAGAGAGCUGGAGGAGAAGCUGCAGCAGGAAAUCACUGACCUGAAGAGGAGAGACGCUGAGAUGAAGCAGCUCAGAGACACCAAGGACCACUCACACUCCUCCAGCAUCAGCAUCCGUCCUCUCAGGUACUUUCAGGACGUGGCAGCAGCCGUGUCAGAGGUCAGAGAUCGACUACAGGACAUCCUGAGAGACACGUGGACAAACGUCUCACUGGCCGUCGCUGACGUGGAUGUUUUACUGUCACAACCAGGACCAGAACCAGAACCAGAACCAGAACCAACGAGCAGAGCUGGAUUCUUGAAAUAUUCAUGUGAAAUCACUCUGGAUCCAAACACAGUAAACACAGAUCUGUUACUGUCAGAGCAGAACAGAAAGGUGACUCGGAUGAACCAACGUCAUUCUUAUUCUGAUCAUCCAGACAGAUUCACUGGUUAUUAUCUUCAGGUUCUGAGUAGAGAGAGUCUGACUGGACGUCAUUACUGGGAGGUGGAGACAGCAGGUUUAAAUGAUGUAGCAGUUUCAUACAAGAAUAUCAGCAGAUCAGGGGGGGAAACUGCAUUUGGAUUUAAUGAUAAAUCUUGGUCACUAUAUUGUUCCUCAGACAGUUAUGUAUUCAUGUACAACAGAAUCCAAACCUCCGUCUCAGGUCCUCGGAUCUCCAGAAUAGGAGUUUACCUGGAUCACAGAGCAGGAGUUCUGUCCUUCUACAGCGUCUCUGGAACCAUGACCCUCCUCCACAGAGUCCAGACCUCCUUCAUUCGGCCGCUCCACGCUGGAGUCAGGAUUAACGAGUUUUUUGGAGGAUCAGCUGAGUUCUGUAAACUCAAAUAAGAUAAACGAGUUUCCUCUUCAUGUUUUUAUUGAUUUUCUUUUCUUCUUUUCUUCUUUCUCUGAUGGAUGGAGGGACGUUUUUGUUCUAUAAGAUUGAUUGUUGUUAUUUCCUCUUUUGGAGGUGGAAGUUGUUCUUUUGUAGUUUCACCUGGGAAUUAUUAAUAAUAUUAACAUCUUUUAUUUCAUUAUAAAAACAGAGAAAUAAGCCUGUGUUGUAAUUGUUAACUGUUAGUUUUUAGAUUUGAUUUGUGUUUUUUAUGUUGUAUUUCUCUUUUCUUCCACUUUAAUAUUAUUUGUUCUUUUUUAUUGGACCAAUCACCACCACAAAUUCCUUGUUUGUGUUAAACUGGUUGGAAAUAAACUUCAUUCUGAUUGUGAUAGUGAUUGUGAUUGUGAUGAACUCCACCAGACCUUCUUCAUCUCUGAUAUCACGUCUGCAUUCAGACUUGUUUCCUCCUUCAUUAGCAAAACAAAGGUUCUUGUUUUCUGAAGAUAAACAUAUUUUCCAGCCAUGAGAACAAAGUAAAUGAUUCCAGAGAUGUUAGUGACAGCAGCAACGCAGCCAACGGUUCAGUGAAGCCUCUAGUUGGUGUGAGAGUGUUGGGGCCGGUAGUCGUCGCUGCAGCUGCAGGACCAGACUAGAUCUGCACAUCACAUGUUGCUGAUGUCCAAAUCUGUUGACCAUGUUUCAUGUUUAACAAUCUGAAUAUUUAGC